AUGGCUGAACUAGAAGAAUUAAAGAAACAGUUUGAAGAAAUGCAAAGACGGUUCGGUGAGCCGUCUGGCAUGUUAGAGCAAGCCAGAGCCGAACAGAGAGAGGCACUUUCUCUUGCUAAAAUUGUUAUUGAACAACAAGCUGCUGCGCAGAAAGCACCAUCUACUGUGUACAUCCCAAGGGAUCGUAAACUUCCAGAGUUCAGUGGAUGUCGUUCUAAGCCUGGCGAGUUAACUAUAGAAGAAUGGAUAAGUUCAAUGAAGUCCGCCUUCAAGGUGAUGAAAAUUCCUGAAGAAGACAGAAUUGAGUUUGUUAAGCAGUGCUUAAAAGAUGAAGCAAAGAUGACAGUCAAGUUUAUGCUGAACGGAAAAGAGAAGUCAGUGGAAGAGAUUUUCGAUGCUUUGGAUCAGACUUAUGGGGACAAACUUCCCAUUGGCAGCAGGCUGAAAGAAUUUUAUGACCGCAAACAAAUGCCUGGAGAAACCAUCCGUUCAUAUGCAUAUGAUUUGCAAGAGAAGCUGAGUAUCAUUCAGAGCAGAGAUCCAUCUAGAAUUCCUGAUGCUGAUGGCGUACUGAAGGAACAGCUCGUGCUAGGCCUCAAAGAUGAUUCACUACGGCGUGAAAUGAAAAGGAGAGUUAAGGCUGAGAAAGAUCUGACAUUCAUCCAGCUUAUGCAAGAAGCUAUAACUUGGUCAGAAGAAGAGGAACUUCAAGUUCCAAGUAAUCUGAGAUCCAGUAAUCGUUCACGUGGUGUUGUUCAUGCUACCUCUGCGACAGAGAGCUCUACAGUCCCUCUAACCCUAGAGUCACUCCAUGAAGCUGUUCAACAGAUUGCUGCCCGACAGGAAGAAUUGUUUCAGAUAGUCAACAGCAAAGAAAAAGUGAAACCUCUUGUAAAAGAGAACAAGAUGAAAAGUGCACCUUUAAAAGAUAGUGAAGGGAGAUACAUCUGUUAUACGUGUGGUAAGCCAGGACACACAAGCCGACGUUGUCUUCAGAACAAAGAAACCUCUAAAACUCACACAGCAGAGAGGGAAAAGACAGCAGACCGAGACACUUCAGUGCUAGAGAGCCCAGGUCCAUCUGUCAUUCGAAGUCAUACUGCAGACUGUGAUACAAAGAAUGUUUCUAAGUCCCUUUGUGAGAGUGCUUUUGGAGACUGUCUGACCAUUGAAGUGAGAAUUGCAGGUAUCAGUACUAUUUGUCUCUUGGAUACAGGAUCAGAAGUCACUACUAUCACUGAGUCACAUUUUAAGAAUCACUUUGGAGAAGCUGUGUUGUCUUCUGCCAACUGGGUCCGUCUCACAGCAGCAAAUGGCCUGGACAUUCCCAUCAUAGGUUGUCUAGAAGCAGACAUAGAGUGCAUGGGGAAGAAGUUACAUGGAAAAUGUGUGUUUGUAAUUAAAGAGACUGAAACCCACGGAACAGAGUUGAAUAGAUUGCCUGGCAUCAUUGGGAUGAAUGUGUUGAGUGAACUUAAAGAUCUGUUCAUGACUACUGGAGAUGUGAAGAAGAUGAACAGAUAUAGUUGUGGUUUUAAGGAGGCAAGGGUCCAACGAGUGCUGGCUAACAUAAAGAUGCAGACUGAGACAUUAAGCUGCAACGAUAAGAUUGGCUUCGUAAAAGUUGCUGGCAAGCAAGCAAUUACUAUCCCUCCAUUUAGUGAGCGUGUUUUGGAAGGCCGCUGUAGAAUACCACCAAAAGUAAGCUGUCAAGUGUUGGUGGAGGCCUCUUCAAAUGUCAGCUUGCCUAAAAGUGUACUGAUCGCUAAUGUGCUCGCCAAAUCCGCCGAUGGUAAAGUUCCAGUCAGAGUCCUGAAUUCUAGUGAAAAAUCUGUAAAACUACUACCACGAUGUAGAAUUGCUGCGCUGUCCAAGCCGCAAGAAGUUGUGCAAAAAGAGCUUGUUGAGUUUGAGGAGAAGGAAGGUACCUUGCAUGUUAAAGCUGUACAGCAACAUCAGGUGAAUGUGGAUAUAAGUACCACAGAGCAACUGCCAGUUCCAGUUCAAAUGAAUUUAGAGAACCUCACAGAAACUCAACGCCGCACACUGCAGGAACUAUUGGUCAAGCACAGUGAUGUGUUUUCAAAGAAUGAUUGUGACUUUGGUUAUACAACCGCAGUUACACACAAUGUACUGACAGGAGAUGCCCCUCCUAUUAAGCAAAGACAUCGCAGAAUACCACCUCAGGUGUUUCAGGAAGUGAAAAAGCAUGUUCAGGAUUUGGUAUCUCAGGGUAUUCUCAGAGAAAGCUGUAGUCCGUGGGCAUCGCCAGCUGUGAUUGUAAUUAAGAAAGAUGGUAGCGUACGCUUUUGCUGUGACUACAGAAGAUUAAAUAAAGUGACUUGCAAGGAUGCUUAUCCUCUCCCUCGUGUGGAGGAAUCACUGGAUGCUUUGGGAAAUGCACAGCUGUUCUCCACCCUUGAUCUUACCUCUGGGUAUUUCCAAGUAGCAAUGAGUGAGGAGGAUAGAGCAAAGACUGCAGUAACCACUCCCUUUGGAUUGUUUGAAUGGACCAGGAUGCCAUUCGGGCUCUGUAAUGCUCCUGCGACAUUCCAGCGUCUGAUGGGUGUGGUGCUUGGAGAUCUAACUUUUGAUAUACUGCUCAUCUACCUGGAUGACAUUAUUGUUUUUUCAAAAGACUUCGAAAGUCAUUGUCAGAGACUGGAAAUAGUGUUCAACCGAUUGAGAGAGCAUGGUUUGAAACUAAAACCCAGCAAGUGUUUCCUCUUGAAACCCGAAGUGAAAUUCUUGGGUCAUCUAAUAUCCUCCCAGGGAAUAAAGGUGGAUGGAGAGAAAACUCAGGUGUUGGAGACAUGGCCUGCACCCUCAAAUGUCAAAGAGUUAAGACAAGUCCUUGGAUUUAUGAGUUAUUACAGGAGAUUCGUUCCUUGUUUUGCUCAGUUAGCCCGGCCUCUUCAUGCUCUGGUUGGUAAAGGAGGAAAAGGAAAAGUCAUUGAACCUUUUAACUGGACAACUGAAUGUCAGAUGGCAUUUGACAAACUCAAACAUUGUUUAAUGUCUCCUCCAGUCCUUGCAUAUCCGGAUUUCAGUCAGUCUUUUGUACUCACAACUGAUGGGAGUCUGCAUGGUCUUGGAGCCGUAUUGAGCCAGAGACAAGGAGAUGCUGAGCGUGUGAUUGCGUAUGCAAGUCGAAGUCUUCGUGGAUCGGAGAAGAACGACAAAAAUUACAGUGCUUUUAAACUAGAGUUGCUAGCUUUAAAAUGGGCUGUGACCGAGAAGUUUAAAGAAUACUUGAUCUACUCCAAGUUCUCUGUGAUUACAGAUCACAACCCUUUGCGCUACCUGGAAACAGCAAAUCUAGGAGCAGUUGAACAACGAUGGGUAGCUCAGUUGUCGGAGUUUGAUUUUGAAGUCUUCUACAAACCGGGACGACAAAAUACAAAUGCGGAUGUUCUUUCAAGGAUUCCAUCUGGAGAAGAGCCAGAGCAGGAAGACUCUGAUAAAGAUUUCAUUAAGAUGAAUUCAGAUGAAGUGCGCAUAUGCUUAUGGCCAGCCACUAAAAAGCAGCAGAGAGUACAAGCUUCAGUCCAAGUGUCUGUGGCAAGGAAAGUCCCUGGAUACAGCUGGAGUGAUCUAGAAGAGCAACAAAAGACAGAUUCUAAAAUAGCCCCUAUCUACCAUGCUGUUCUUAAAAACAAGAAUCUGAGCCCAGUUGAGCAGCGUAACAUGAAUGCUGAGUUAAAAAAGCUUGCUAAACAGUUCAUACGACUUGAGCUUAAAAAAGGAGUGAUGUUCCGUACCAUCCUUGAUCCUCGAGAUGGCGAAGAAAUUUGUCAAUUAGUGGUUCCAGAAUCUCUGCGUUACAAAGUCUAUGAGAGUCAGCAUGAUCAUUGUGGCCAUUUCGGAGAAAGAAGUACGCUAAAUCGCAUGAGACGGAGUUAUUAUUGGCCAACAAUGAGUAAAGAUGUUCAUAGCUGGAUCAAAGAGUGCAAGAGAUGUGCACUUGCAAAGGAUGUUUUCCCUAAGAUUCGAGCUCCAAUGACGUGCACUAAUGUAUCUGCACCUCUGGAAGUCCUUGCAAUGGAUUAUACUGUCUUAGAGGAAUCUUUGGGAGGAUACGAAAAUGUUCUCGUCUUAACUGACAUGUUCUCUCGUUUUACAGUGGCCGUGCCAACCAGGAAUCAAACUGCUCACACUACUGCAAAAGCACUUGUGCAGCAUUGGUUUGUACAUUAUGGCUGUCCUGCACGAUUACAUUCAGACCAAGGUCGUUGCUUUGAAGCCAAUGUCAUCAAAGAACUGUGUAGAGUCUAUGGAAUUGGAAAGAGUCGCACAACCCCGUAUCACCCCCAGGGUAACUCCCAGUGCGAACGAUUUAAUAGAACUAUGCACGACAUGUUAAGAACGUUACCCCUGGAAAAGAAAAAGAACUGGAAGGAGUAUCUACCUGAGUUAGUUAUGGCCUACAACAGUCGAACUCACACUUCAACUGGAUAUUCGCCAUUCUACUUAUUGUUCGGUAGAGAUGCUCGCAUGCCAAUGGAUAUCCUUAAUGGGAGAGACAUUGAGGACAGUGGAGUUGAUAAUCUUGAUGAUUGGGUGAAAAAACACCAUGACAGAUUGAAAACAGCUGUUGAAGUAGCCAACUCUGCAGCACAAGAGGCUUCAAGACAGAGAAAGAGAGCCUAUGAUCGCAAAUCACAUGGUGCACUCAUGAAAGCUGGAGAUCGUGUUCUGUUAAGAGAUCAUUCACACAGGGGAAGGAAUAAGAUCCAAGAUUAUUGGGAACCCUUACCUUACAUUGUAGUGAAACAAAAUCACACAGACACACCAGUCUACACUAUUCGCCCAGAGAAAGGAGGUCCGUGUAAAGUUGUACACAGAGAUCAACUUAGACACUGCACUUUUCAGUCAUCUUUACCACCUCGUACAUCUAGAAAUAAUUCUAGAGCACACACAGGUCAGGAACACACUGAUUCAGAGGAUCCUGAUAUUCUUGUAGUUCCUGUUACAUUUACACCAGCUACACUUCCAGACACACAAGAUAGAAGGGAAAGUGGGGAUGAAUCAGACACAGGUAUCAGAGAACAUGAUAAUGGAAUAUCAGCUGAAGAUUCAGUAGACCAGUCUGUAAGUUCAGGUGGUUCUGAAGCUGAAAGUGAAAACGAAAGCAUUCCUGAACCUAGACGUUCACAACGUUUGAACAAAAGUACUUUACCAGUUAGGUACAGAACUGAUUAUGUCUUUAAAUAAGUUAACGCAACUCUUGAAGCUUUAAGGUUUUGAAAGUGUCUUUUGAUAUGUAUCUUUGUCUCACUGAUUGAAAACAUUUAAUUGUUGUAAUGAUGUUCACACCUAAAGUGUUUACCUGCUAUUCUCUGUUCUUUAUUUCACAGGACUGAGUCGCUGAAAGGAGGUCCAGUGUUAUGGCAGGGUUUAGUAGGGGGGAAUGUAGGGGAUCUACAAAUCCGAUUAUGAGAGAACUUUUAUUUUGAAAUUUGACAUGGGCGCCGCCAUUACUUUCUCCGGUGUGUGUGUGUGACGAUCGCGGGCAGACACAGAGAGUGAGGGAAGAGAAAAAAAGCGAGUUGUGACAGCAGUGGUGAGCUUAUGAAGAUUGUGAUGUUUUAAAACUUUUUGAUCAACUUAAAAAGUUAACUGAUGAUAUACAUAAAAGCUAGAUUACAUUGCUUCUAAGUCUCGUUGAUUUUAAGUCUCCAUAUAGUUUAACGAGCUAGUUUUUAAUAGUGAUGCAGCAAGUUUUUCGACGUGCUCGUGAGUGAAGCGGAUUAACAAACCUGCUGUUGAAGUCAUUCGGGUUAUUCAGUGCUGAAGUUGAAUACUCCUGUGCAUUUUUGAGAUUUACAUCCGGAUUUUUGUUAGUUCAAACGAACUCAAAACGUAGUGGAUGAGUGGCUUAUUUUUGCGAGGAUUUUUGCAUUGGAAAGCAUCGUGUGUUCGUUGUGUUCUCUGGUUGAUUGCCGUUGGACUGGAUUGUGGCCUUGUUGGAUCGUGCUGUGAUCACGAGGGCAAUCGUUCGGGAUCAAAGAGUAAAAGGAACAUUACCCUGCCUUUCCAGACUCCUUUCAGCGCUCCGUCCUGGAAUCGAGGGUGGUGAUGUACAAUAUUUUGUUCACUUUUCCUUGAAUAUUGGUAAGACAUCUUUCUCUUUCAACAAGUACAAAAACAGAACUGUGCUUUAAGGAAACUUUCAUUUGAGAAACUGUGAAUUGUGCGUUUUCCACAAAGAGACUAAUUUGUUUGCCAGUCUAUGGACAUUUUGCCACGUGAAUGGACUGAGUAUAUUUUUUCAGAAUUUUGAAAGUGAAUUUCUAAUUUGAAGUGAACUUAUUUGAUCAACACUGAUUGUAAAUGUGAAACUUUUCAUUG